AUGGCGGCGGAUGGAGACUUCCUGCUGAGAUACCGAGCGGUGUCCAACAAGCUAAAGAAGAGAUUUCUCCGCAAGCCGAAUGUUGCUGAAGCCAGUGAGCAGUUUGGUCAGCUGGCAAAGGAGCUUAAACAGCAGGACUGUCUUCAGUAUGCUGGGUUCUGUAACUUGGCAAUGGCCCGGUGUGAACAAACAUUGUUUAAUGCACCGGGAGAAGCCAUGGCUCUGACCGAAGCUGCCCGCCUGUUCCUGCAAGAGGAAAAGGAGACUCAACGUUUACGAUGCCCUGGUUUUGAGGAGCAUUUGCAGGCAGCUAUCAACUGCUACAGCUUUGCUAUCAAGGUAUACAUUGAACUGAAUCAGCCUGUGAUGGCAGCUAGCUUAUGUUUAGAACUGGGAAAUGCAUUAAAGGAUAUGAACAAGCUGGGCGAAGCUUUAGUUUAUUUCCAACGGGCAGCAGAGUUACAAACACAGGUUCCUAUCGAAUGCCUUCUCUCUCUGGGAUAUGUGGCAUCUUGUAAAAUAUUGACACGAGAUUAUGAUGGAGCUCUUGCAGUAUUCACAGAGAUGCAGUUGCUUGCUCAAGAAAAGGGUCUGCCUGCACCAGGAAGCAGUCUACCAGUAGGAGCAUUUUUGGAUAUUAUAGCAAAAUGUGAAGUGUCACGUGUCCUCCUCCUCAUGCUGUUGCAGCCGCCCCCCUCAAAAACUACUACCUGAACAUGCACAAACUCUAGAGAAGUAUGACUGGGAAGCUUUUGACAGUCACAACCAUGUGAACUAUUUGACAGAAGAAGUGUUUCUGCUAUUACAAUCUGUUGUGAUGGCAUGCCAGGAAAAUGAUAUUGAGUCUCUUAAAGUACUUCAAGUUGAACUUUGGCCACUUUUAACAGCUGAACAGAACCACUUACUACAUCUUGUUCUAAAAGAAAUGAUUUCUCCUUCUGGUCAAGGCAUUUGA